AUGGACCGAACGGGGCUCCGAUCUAGCGUCCACGAUGAGAACUGCAACGGAUGCAGGCAAGCCGCCACGACCAUUGCUCAGCUGUGUCUCUCCCAAAACGCACGCCCACGCACAGCACAGCACAGUCGCAGAGCCAGGACCAGGAAACCACCACCACCAGCGCAGCGCCGCGAUGAGAGGGGAGCGGGGCCCACGGUGGCGUUCAUCUCCGGUGAGCCGCCUCCAGCCGCCGCGGAGGAGGUGGAGGAGAACUCCGGCGCCGAGGAGGAGGACGAGGAGGUGGUGGUGGGGCAGGACGACGACGAGCUGGAGCUGGGGCUCUGCCUCGGCUCCAAGAAGCAGCAGCAGCCGUCGCCAGCGCCGUGCCGGAUCCUCACGGCUCGGGACCUGCAGCCGGGGUCCCUGUCGCCGGAUUCCUCCGUGUCCUCCUCCUCCCCAGCGGCAGGCGCAGGUGCCGCGGCGCCCAGCAAGAGGGCCAAGGCGGAUGCAGCGCCCAACGCCACCACCUCGCCGGGGACGGUCGCUUCUGGCCAUCCACAGAGCAGCUUUGGAGUGGUGGGAUGGCCACCCAUAAGAACUUUCAGGAUGAACAGCCUAUUUAACCAGGCCAAAGAAAAUGCCUCUGAGGCUGGCACAAAGAAGCCCGCUGCUGAAGCUGACAUGCAGGAAGACAAGGAGGAGAGCAAGAAAGGACGGGUCGUUGGUUGGGUGAAGGUGAACAUGGAAGGAGAUAUCAUUGGAAGGAAGGUGGAUCUCAACGCCCAUCGAUCCUACAAGACCCUUGCCUCAGCACUUGAGCUCAUGUUCAUGAAGCCGUCCAUCGGUCUUUGCACUUCUAAUAGUUCAAAGUCUCUUAAGCUAUUGGACAACUCAUCGGAGUGUCAGCUCACCUAUGAGGACAGGGAUGGGGACUGGAUGCUUGUUGGAGAUGUUCCCUGGGAGAUGUUUGUAGGUUCAGUGAAGAGACUCAAGAUCAUGAGGACUUCAGAUGCCAACGGUCUUGGUUAG